UUAAAAUAAACCCACCUACCGUACUAAACCAUCAAUAUUCGAAACACAAAAAAAAAAAGAAAAACAAUGGGCGACGGUGAAGCACGCUCCGACGGUGACACACACAACAGGGACGUAUGCGAAGAGGUCCACGACGCAGAUACAGUUGAGCAGUCGCAGCCCCGACAAGCGUCUGAGCUCCCCGGUGGACCCAAAGCUGACUUCGAAACCUCAGCCGAAGCUCCACAGCCGGAUGAUGUUAAUGCAGUCAAAGGUGACCCGAUCCAGUCGGAAGAGGACUGGUCGUUUCCGAAGAUCGGUCUCAUUGUCAAGGACUUGAUGAGGGGCUUCGUGGAAAAGGUUCUGGUUAGGUUUUACUCCUUGGCCAUGUAUGUAACGUGUCAUGUAGAGGGAUCUCGAGAAGGAGACCGACAACGCAGCUGCGGCAAUCUCCGAGAAAACCAUCGUGUUGUUGGAUUCCGAGGGGAGACGGAUGGACAGUCAACCCCGCAGUCCAAGAAAGUUGCAUCUGGCAUCGCUAGUGGAACGCCGAUUGUCCCAGAUCCGCCUGAGAAUAGUACUCCACCCCUUGCAGGAACCGACAGCAUCAUGAGAAAGUUGUUUCGCACACCACCAUCGACAACAAGGAAUGCCAAACGGCGACGUUCCGGUGAUGGAACUGACAGUUCUAUGCGAUCUGGUUCCAGCAGGGAAAAGUCUGCCCAUUCAACGAGCAAGAAGAUGAGGUUCAAGAUCACUCCUGCCAUGGACUUUAACAACCGACAGUCGGCCUUAUUCGCGUACGUCUUCGACGGAAACCUUGAUCCAUGCGAGGAACUUGUCCGUAUUGGAGUCAAGUCCGCGGACAGGGUUGAUUUACACAGCUUACUACCGGGAAAUGACGUUGAUGACAAGAUCAUCCAUCUGGUUGCCAUGACUAUGACCUGUGCUAAGAUACUUGCCACGUCGCCCGCGUACUGGUACUUACCACCGUUUGUCUCGGAUGAUAUAUUGAACGGGGAGACGACAGAGUUAAUGCUCAACCGUUACAUGGAGAACUGGAUGCGGCCAUCCAGAUUCCUUGAACUUAUUUAUGACCCCAUGCAGGACGCGCUGGGCCACUGGUUUUUGAUGCUCGUGUCUCUGAAAGACAAGGCAAUUAACAACCUUGAUUCAUCGCUGAACCAGUUCGAGACGCCUCACCGGGAAGACCGGAUUCGGAAAACGGCAAGGGUGUUGUACAACGUGACACAAGCAGUUUACGAGAAGCACUUUAUGCCCUUACCAAGCAACUUCGGAGAUUUCCCGAUAAGGAGCCCCAUAGGGAUACCUAAUUGUGGGCAGAGCAUGAACUCAGGGAUAUGGGUCAUUGGGUGGCUCAACAUGGGGGACAAAUUCAACCCGAUCAUGGACGGGAUUUUACGGGAGAACGAGAUCAGGGCAACAACUGCGGUGAACCUGACCAGCACACCAUUCAACAAACUCCGGGACCGUGUAUUGGGCAAGGCAGAGUUAUGGAGGAUGAAAACAAAGAAGAACACCUAAGUCGACCGGCUGGUACUGCAUUGGCGACAUGGUUCAACCAGCUGUGACGCUUAUGCCCCCAUGCCAGAGCUAAAUGUGCC